AUGCAAAAUGCCGUUGAAGGUGCAUGUGCUGAAGCAGGUGCUAGAGACUUAGUUGUUAGUGGCGAUGGAAGUUGGCAAAAACGUGGUUUUAGCAGUCAUCAUGGUGUUGCUGCUGUCAUAUCCAGCUCAGACGUGCCUAAAGUACUUGAUAUUGAACGAUUAUCAAAACGAUGUACAGUUUGUGAUGGUGCGAAGACAAUUAUUCGAAAUAAAACGAAUCUUGAUGACAUGGUCAAAGCUGUAUGGGGAAUUUAUAAACACAAAGCAUCCACAAAUUCAGAUCCAUAUCAUGAGUGGUGUUCACCAUCGUAUUGUGGUUUUUGGAAAGCACUCGAGAAAGGUAUCAGCAACUGGAAAUAUUUGGGAACGUUUCAGAUAGCAGAUUCGUAA